CCUGUGCACAUGGCAGCCUCUCAGCUGCGCUGCCUGGAGGACGAUGGGCCGAUGACCCCCAUCACCGAGUCCAGCCCCGAGUUCUUCUACUCGGAGGGGCAGCGCCUGGCAGUGGAGGCCCUUCUGGGUGAAGGGAUUGCUGCCUACACCCAGCACCUGGAACGGGACAAGCUACGUCCCUUCCUCUCUAAAGUGGAGCUGCAUAGUCUCCUGGAGGUGGCACAGGACAAAAAUGAGCCUGCUGGUGCCUGGGAUGGAGAUGGUGCUGAUGAUGCCAGCCUCAGCUACUGGCCCGAGUGCUCUGAGGAACCCACCCCUAACCUCGAUCUGGGAUGGCCUCAGGACAGUGCCUGGAAGGGCAUCACUCAGGCUGAGAUCUACACCCACCCGCCAGCUGAGCAGGCCCCCAAAGUCAAGGAGCUGGUGCGUAGGAGACUUCAGCAGGCUACCAAGGUGGUUGCCAUAGUGAUGGAUAUCUUUACUGACCCUGACAUCCUCUCAGACCUGCACGAUGCAGCGAUGAGCCGCCGAGUCCCUGUUUACCUCAUCCUCUGUCAGCAGCACCUCGCUGCCUUCCUCAGCAUGGCAGAGAAAGCCUGCCUCAACAUUUGCUACAUGGAGAACCUCCGAGUCUGGGUCCUAGGAGGCUGUACCUUCCAGAGCCACCAGGGCAAGCAAGCAACAGGGGCCUUGAAGGAGAAAUUUAUCCUGAUCGAUGGGAAUGUGGUGAUUACUGGAAGCUACAGGUAG